UUACUGUGAGUUGUUAGUGAAACUACCUCCAAGAGGGUGCUCCUAUAUGCCACCAAUAGGAUAUUCUAAUUAUAUAUUCUCUACACGUAAAUCACAAAUAAGGAAAACUGUAUAGCAACUGUAUUAAAAUUAUUGUUACACAAUGUUUGUAUGGAAUUUAACCAAAUACACAGCGACACAAAAGCCAUGUUAUACAUAAUUUCAGGUCACUGUCAUGCUCGUCACACAGGCCUAAGAGGUCAUCUGUCCUACCUGAAGUGUUUUGAAGUAGGUUUAGUCUAUAUUUGGUCUAAAUCCCUUUCAUUGACGCUGAUAAGUGAAUUAUCCGAGGCUUACGGCUGCGGGAGGGAGGCGCAGUUCUCGCCUCGGCCUCCAGGGGGCGACAGAAACGCCGGUUUGCGCGCCAAAGCAGAGGCGCAUGGAGACGCGGCGGCUCAUUCAGUGAGAGGCGCUGGAGACGGCGGGUGUAUUUAUCUCUGUGUAGUUUUGGGCUGAAAACGAAGAAAUUAUGAUUUUACAGGGGGUUUAGGCUUCUUAACAGGAGCUUGUGUGCAGAAUAAGAUAAAAUGAAGCAGUUUAUUAUAACCUGAGUAGACCGGGCUGGAGUCAAUCGACCAGGGGAGAAGGUUUAACCACAAACUUCACUUUUUGUCUUUUAUUUUACUAAUUAAAUCAGUUUUACACACUAGAAUCUAUCUUAAACACAAGGAAGCCCUGCAAGAAUGGACUUUUGUGGUUCUGGACGAUGAGAGAGGAGCUCCAGUGGACAGCAGUAAAGCUCUAUAGAACCUCAAGAUCCUGAAGAUGGAUUUGAUGGAUCGAGGCCCGAGUGAGAAGGAGCUGGUUUUCCAGUCUAAGAUACUGUGCAGAGACUUCAUUUACUCCAGGAUCACCAGAGAAGGUCUCAACUGGUCCAAAGUUGAAUCGUCCCUGCCUGUACCAGUUCCAGACGGAGCUCUUGGAGAUGCCUCCAUGGUGCUUCUAAAGCUUGGUGAUGAGCUGGAGUACAUGCGGCCGUAUAUCUACAGGAACGUGGCGAAGCAGCUCAGUAUAUCGGUGUCUGUGGAGAGCGUGGUGUCGGACGCUUUCCUCUCUGUGGCGACGGAGAUCCUCUCCCUGGGGAUCACGUGGGGGAAGGUGGUGGCCAUCUUUGCAGUAGCUGGGGGUCUGGCGGUGGACUGUGUCCGGCAGGGUCAUCCAGCCAUGAUACUCACUAUAGUGGACAGCCUGGGGGAGUUCGUCCGGAAGAGCCUGGUGCCCUGGCUGAAGAGGAGAGGAGGCUGGGGAGACAUUUCAAAGUGUGUGACGAGCGUGGACACUACACCUCCGUCCCAUUGGAUGUCUGCAGUAGUAUCAACCUGGAGGCACGUUGUGAAGACCAUGUACAUCUACCUGAUGAAGUAACUGUGGAAGCAGUAGCUGUUAAUACGGCUCCAGGACUGGAAUUACUGGGAAGUCUCAGACUGCUCAUGAUCUCAGAGCUUUACUAAUGGAGAAAUGGCUCCCUCUGCUGGAUUCAGAGUGUAAUACAUACAUACACACACACACACACACACACACACGCACACACAGGUAUUUAAGGCUGUGCAGGUAAAAGUGUCCCAAAUCUGAUUUUCUUAGUUAAUCUGAUGUUUAUUUAAAGCUGUUAAUAUUAUCUUUAUAAUGAUACACAAAUCUGACAUUAGUGUGAACAGUCUGCUUUGUGUAAGUGAUGCACGUUUGCUAAUCAGCAUUGCUUCACAUGAAGUUUCGGUUUCAUCCUCACCAGAAUCUCAAUAGCUAUAAAGAGCUGAUUAUUAUUAUUAAUUCUGAGAAAAUUUGCCUUAAAGCGUAAUGUUAGUUAGACUCGGACAGCCACCCCUCUUUAAAACUUCUUUUAAACUUUUUAAGCUUUUUCUUCUUUUUUUUCCCCUCCUUUCCGCCAGUUCAUUGGGAACACUAAGUGGUCACAACACCAGUCUUCUAAUAUUAUUGGAACAGAGACCUAAUUCCAUAUAUUUCAGAGCUUUGUUACCUUAUUAUCCCACUACUGAAACCAUCCCUCACUGCUGUCGUCCAUUUUCAUGUCUAUUCACCACUUUUUUUUUCCUUCUUUUAAUGUCACGUGAAUUCCAGUCUGGCUGUUCAGACAGAGUAUUCAUUUAAUUAACAGUACUUAAAUCAGAAUUUCUCAAGUAAUUAUUUAUUAGUGACACUAAGACAUUAUAGUGUUAAAACUGUUAUUUGAUUUACUGAUGUAAAAUCAUGGAUUUGGGUCACUUUUACCCGCUGUGUGCUCGAGCCUCGCGUAACAUUAGAUCUAGUUUGGGGGUUUUAAAAGCACUGCUAGUUCACUGAACUGUUAAUGGAACUGAUUGGACGACUGUGUCCCUGUGAACAGAUUCCAAGACUGGAUCCAGGAGAUUGGAAUCCAGAUUGAACGUGUAUGAAAGCUGUUUGUAGAAGAUAAGUGUGUAAUGUUUGGCUGAGAAUGUGUUAAAUAGGAGAAAGUGUGCAAUAUCAGUUUGUUUUAUGGAGUGAAAAUCACCCAUAUUAACAAA